GAAAUGAAAGGUAAGGAAGAAAAGAAAAGAAAAGAGAGUAAACAAAAGACAAAAGGUUCUAAAACUCCAUCAUUAUUAUCAUUUCAAAUUCUCCUCAAAAACAAUAUACAACCAAACAACAAUAGUGUUCCUCUCCUUUCCCUCUAUAGCUACUUAACCAACUUCAACAACAACAACAAUAACAAAACCACCUCUCAAAGUUUCUACCAAAGCAUGAAUAGAACUCUUCAUCUUCAAACCUCACCAGUGCAACAACAAAUGAUGGCUGGAAACCCUAAUAACUGGUGGAACCCUCCUGCAGCACCUGAUCAUCUUCCACCUCCUUCCAAUUACUUUCUAUCUCCUUAUCCUACUUCAUCUUCUCUUCCUCUUCCUCUUCCUCUUCCUUCAUGGCAUGAAAAUCAACAACUUCCUGAAAACUCAUGGACUCAACUUCUCAUGAGCGGCGGCGUGGUGUAUGAAGAAGAUAAGGAACAAGUUAUGCUAACUCAGCCUCCUCUUGUUGAUCAUGUAAAACAUGAAAGCUCAGUGAACAGCUAUGUCUAUGGAAAUGAAGAGUUUCAUGGAGCAACAAAUUCUACUUGGUCUCAAAUAGUGUCGGUGCCUUCUUCUUCUUCCUCCAAAUCCAACAUGUUGGAUUUCUCUAACAGUACAAGAUCUCCAUCAUCAGAUCCAUCUUCUGAUCAGUGUAAUAGUGGUGCAGCUGGUGGGGCAUUGAAGAAAGCUAGGGUUCAACCAUCUACAACUCAGUCUACCUUCAAGGUUAGGAAGGAGAAGUUAGGUGAUAGAAUUACAGCCCUUCAUCAACUUGUUUCUCCAUUUGGAAAGACUGACACAGCAUCUGUCUUAUUAGAAUCUAUUGGUUAUAUAAGAUUCCUUCAUGGUCAAAUUGAGGCACUUAGUUUACCCUACUUGGGAAAUGCAUCAUCAAACAUCAUCAAGAACCAACAGCAACAAUCUGUUCAAGGUGAGAAAAGUUGUUUCUUCCCUGAACAUCCUGGUCAGCUGGUGAAUGAAAAUUGUUUGAAAAGAAAAGCUGUUAGUGAGGGUUGUGAAGAUGAAGAAGAAAAGAAGGAUUUGAGGAGUAGAGGAUUGUGUUUGGUUCCAGUUUCAUGCACACUGCAAGUUGGAAGUGAUACUGGAGCUGAUUAUUGGGCACCUGCUUUUGGUGCUGGAUUUCAGUAGAUUCAUUGGGUUAAUUAAUUAAUUAAUUAAUUACUAUUAAUUUGGGUAGCAAUUAUUCAUAUAUAUGUGGAUCAAAGCAUACAAAGAGGGGAUUAGAUGGUGGAAAUUUGUAUAACAUCAUGAGCAGUCAAUCUGCUAUAUAUAAAAUUAUCUAAGGCUGAUUGCUCAUGAUGCUAUGGAGAGUUCCUUAAUAAAAAAUGUAUGCUCAUUAAUUACUAUUGUCAAGUAUACAUAUUUGCAAGCCCUUGUUUAUUAAGAAUCCUUUACUUGUGCAAAUAAUCAACUUUUAGUUUA